GUUUGCAAGCGAAGGGGCGGGUGGACGCUGACAAUGAAUUCGCGCCGAUCAGCACCAUCGAAAUGGUCGAGUCCAAGGUACAUCGUCUCGAUGGCGCUCCUCGUAGUUGUGGGUAUGAUGGUCUACAUGAACUUGUCCAUGUUGGCGAUCAACCAACGUGAGGCGCAAGAGUUUAGCGAGCGCGACGGACACCCCAACAUUCGACGACGAAACGACGCGACUCCGCUUGUCACGACAGAAGAAGUCAAGCCACGACGCAUCGUCGUCCUGAUCGCCAACUACCGCGACUCGACGCGAUGCGCAGAAACUCUCGACUCGCUGUUUACGAACGCGGAACACCCUCAUCUUAUUUCUGUCAGCAUCUUCGACCAACUCCGAUUCGACUUGCAAGAACAGCGAUGCAUGGACGUGUACUGUGCCAAAGUAGGAGACACCAAUUGUCAACGCUCGCUGCGUCUCCGUCGCAAUGACACGAUCGAUGCCGACAAGGCCAUCGGACCCACGUAUGCGCGGUACCAGACCGAACAUGGAAUCGACCCGACCAAGGAUACCUUUGCAUUGACGAUCGAUUCGCAUCUGGUGUUUAUCAAGCACUGGGACACGGAUCUCAUGGCGCAAUGGGAUUCGAUCAAGAACCCGAAAGCAGUCAUCACAGUUUACCCUGACCCGACGGAAGGCCAGCCCAAGGACGGCAAGCUGACUGGGAACACGGCCAUGAUGUGCCAUGGGCGUAUCGAAACAGACGGCACUGAUGCCAUGAUCCAGUACGGAGCUGCCACAACUGUCAAGUCCCCCGCAGUGCCUCAAUUGAUGUCCCAAUUCGCCGGCGGGUUCAGUUUCUCAACGUCAUCGUGUGCAUUGCACAUCCGCAACGACCCGUACACGCCCUACUUGUUUCACGGAGAAGAGUACUCCAAGGCGGCGCGACUCUUCACCCAUGGCUACGACAUGUACUACCCGACGCACAUGGUUGUGUACCACUGGUUUGAAGUGCGCAAGUACAUUUGGGACGAUGACUGGGGCCGCAAGUGGAAGCUCCAGCAGCCCGCCAAGCGCCGCAUCCGCGCGCAGUUGGGCCUUCCAACGUCGAGUGACGACUACGACAAGACCGAGAUCGAAAAGUUCAUGGUGGGGACGAAGCGCACGAUGGCGCAGUUCAUCGAGUUCUCCGGCAUCAACCCGUUGGCCCCGUAUGAAGGCACGUCCACCAACCAGUUUGUCAAUUGCGGCGACCUUGCGUAUGUCCCCGUGGCGGAGUAACGCGCGAGUUGCCGCCACGUCGUUGUUGAAAAUGCGUGUUCAAGGGCUCAAUCUCCAAAGUGGCACGUCAUGCGUCGUUCAGUCCAUGGAAUCCUGCCACGAUAAUAUGCUCAUGGACUGAAGAGUUGUUGAAGCGUAACACUUUUGACUUGUUAGAUUUGGGUAUCCCUAGGAGCCGUCCUACGGUUCGUACGCAGACACAUCGACGGAACGGAGGUGGUCGGCCAAGAUGGUCAAGUCGGAUGUCGUAACGAGCUUGGAAAGGCUCGUGUGCCCGACCCAAAUGGCCAGACCAAUAGGUGCCACGUCGUUACUCGAUGCUGCUUGUCGUUGCAGCACCACGACGGCAGGGCCAACUUCCAUCCCGUCAAACAGUCGCUUCGUGGCGGUGUCCAAGUCGUCCAAGAAUUUCGUGGUCGUGAUGGCCACGAGCUCGUGAAACGCCGACCACCCCAAAGACACUUUGCGUUUCCCGAGGAAUGGAAUGAGCAGCUCCAGUCCGUCCUGUCGAUGGACCACGAUUCAGUGGUUCGACCCGUUGUGGGGUGGAGGACGUACUUGUGCAGGGCGGUACCCUUUGAAGUGACUCGUUGAAAACUUCAUAAAGAGUUUGACCCCCGUGUUGAUGACCUGCACAAAAACUCCCAGUCACCCCUGCGUCCAAGCAGAUCAAGUCGACGCACCUUCAGAUCCGGUCCAGCCAAGCACGCCGCCUGGACACUCGACGAUACGUACGUGACAAUGCCCGUGCCAUGGGAUCGAGCAAACAGUUGCGACUACACAGCAUCCAUGCGUGAUGCCAUUGAAAACGAGGACGGACACACC